AUGCCGCAUAUCGGCGUGUUGAUGGAGCGUAGUCUCCAGGACCGGAGCUUCAGGGAUGCCUUCGUAAAUCUGCUUGCGCGAAGUGCAGUUGCCGCGAUUGAGAAGCGUCAGACGGUUGACGGCAUCAAAGGCGAUAUUAAAGACGCCAAGACCGCCUUCUCAAGUUGGGAUAAUUGCAUGCAGGCCAGCUUUUGCAAGUGGCCAGUAAUUGCUGUAAUCGUUAUUGGUGGCCUGAUCAUUCUUUCCAUCGUUUGGUGCAUUGCUCGGUGUCUCUGCUGCGGCCUUUCGUGUUGUUGCGAGUGUUGCUAUUGUCUCAAGUGCUGUGGUGAGUGUUGUGGAUGCUGUGAUCCACCUCGAGGCAAGCGACAUAAGUAUCUCGAUGAACCAUUUGUCCCUCCACACCAUGCCGAAAACCAGCAAUAUCGCUCACAGGCACCAAUGACGCCAAGCUUUACCCCGGCACCAGCAACAGCACCGGUGUCCGAUGUACCUCAAUAUGCCAUUUUUGACGACCAUAGUAAGAAGGAUGCGGACUCUUUGCCUGCCAUGCCGAGUUGGGAGGGCGCGCAAACACAGAAGGUCUUGGUCGAGGAUGAUUCCGUCGAGAUGGAGCCUUUGAAGAAAACUGAGAACCAGAACAUGGCUCUCAGUGCGAACAAUCUAUCCCACCCGACGACGCCAAGUCCUGUUUCUCCUGAUAAUAGAAACCCCUAUGGUCCGCCUCCCGCACAAGGCGGCCCUAACGGAUAUGGGGCACCGAUGCGAUCUGGAACAGAUCCGUACGCGGCGAAUGCGCAAGGAUAUGACCAGUACGACUACAAUGGUUACGGACAGGCUACACAUGAUAAUUCGAAUCAAGGAUAUGGCAUGGCGGCAGCUGGAGUAAUGAGAAGCCAAACACCUCAGCAGGAUUACAAUAAUGGAUAUAAUAACGGCUAUGGGAGAGGGGCUGAUCAGGGAUAUCCACAAUCGCGAACUCCGAGACCGUAUGACGAAUAUGGACGUAGUGGAACUCCUGGUGCUCCCCCUAGCUACCGCACUGCGCCGAGCGUGAACAACGCUUACAACAAUCCCGCUCGGAUGGGAUCACCUGGUCCAGGAGCAGCUUAUGGGUACGAUAACCCGACCCGUAUGCGAUCUCCCGGUCCUCAAAUAGGAUUUGAGUAUCCUCAGAGGUCUCAAACAGGUACACCCAGCAGCUAUAACAGGCACCCAGCGCCUUACCGACAAUACUCAAACGAUUCCAACCGACCUCUGGUACAACCGGCACAGGAACAACAAUACUCGGACAGGUCGGGACCAGUAUCACCAAUCCAAAAUACUGGCGGAUUUGACUUCAGUUCGGGUUAUAGCCGACCUACGAACACAACCCCGGUCCAGACAACGCCGAGUGGAGGAGCGGCGUACCCUGGCUACCGUACAUACAGACCCCCUGGAGGAGGAGCUCAGCAGCAGCAACAACAGCAGGAUAACUGGAACGGGGCGUAA